AUGUUUUAAUCCUCGAGAUUUUUUUGUGCAUUGAAUCGAUAUUCACGCCUUACAAAAUAUACUAAAGAUUAUUAUAAAAUACUAAACAUUCCAAAAACAGCAAAUUAAGCUGAUAUUAGAAUAGCUUAUUUAAAGAUGGCAUCUAGGUAUCAUCCAGAUUCAUAAAUGAAGGAUGAAAUUAAAUAUUAAGAAGUUCGAGAAGCUUUUUAAGUAAUUCAAUUUGUUGAUAAUAUCAUAGGUCUUAUCAGACACUUCUCUUAAAAUGGAAUUUGAUAAUUAUUAAUCCAAAGCAUAAGAGGAUUUAAAUAUAACAUAGACUAAUCAAGAUACUAUCAAUAAUCAAUAAUAAACGAUAUAAAUGGAGUUCUUAUUUAAAAAAGGAGAUUAAGAAUUCCCAUUUAACUUAGAUAUUCCUUCAAAUAAAAUCUUAUCAAAGGAAGAAUUAGAAAAUGUAUCAUCUAGUCGCAUGAAGAAAUUUAUGCUAACUGAGGGAGGUUUUGAAAAGUUCUUUAAGGAUAAUAUAAGUUAUUUGGACAAAGGAUUAACUUUUAUUAUUGAAAUAUUAAAACUUAUUACAAGAAAGAAAUGAG